UCCAGGCCUGGCUUUUCUGCUCCCGUGUGGACCCAGCACGGGCCUCCGACCAGUGCUGCACUCAAAGGACGUGUCAUUACAGGGAGAAAUGCCGCUGACCUUCCAGGAUGUGGCCGUGUACUUCUCCCAGGCCGAGGGGCAGCAGCUGGGGCCCCAGCAGCGAGCGCUGUACAGGGACGUGAUGCUGGAGAACUACGGGAACAUGGCCUCGCUGGGAUUCUCGAUCCCUAAGCCAGAGCUGAUCUCCCAACUGGAGCAAGGGGAGGAACUAUGGGUCCUGGAUCUUCUGGGGGCUGAAGAACCAGAGGUCUUGAGAACCUGCCAGACAGAUUCUGAGAUUGGGACCAAGAAGGAGCUAUCCAUUCUAAGCCAGAAAUACUCUGAAGAAUUAAAAACUCCAGAAUUUAUAUUCAGACGCUCAAAACCUAAUUUACAGGCACCUGAGUCCCAGGAAGCUCAGGGCCAUGAGUAUCAGACAGAAGGAAAGCAGGGAUGCUCUGCUGAGCAGAACGUGAAGAAAUCCUGUCUUCACAGGAGAGCUUUUAGAGAGGAGCAACCUACAGAACAGAGACCUGAGGUGUGUGGUGUGUCUGAUGGACACUUGAAACCAAACCAAAGUAUUGUUAGACUUCAAGGAAAUAAAAUAGAGGACAGAGCCUUUAAAUGUGGCAUAUGCAGCAAAGCCUUCAAAUAUAAGUCAGACUUGAAGCGCCAUCGGAGAGGCCACACCGGGGAAAAGCCUUAUGUGUGUGGUCGCUGCGGACGAGCCUUUACUCACAGCUCAGGCCUUAAUAUGCACCGUCAAGUUCACACUGGGAAUAAACCAUUUAAGUGUAAUGACUGUGGGAAAACCUUUGGACUCAACUCCCACCUUCGUCUGCACCAGAGAAUUCACACUGGAGAAAGACCUUUUGGGUGUAACCAAUGCGGAAAAGCCUUCAGUCGCAGCUCAUCUCUUAUUCAGCAUCGUGUGAUACACACAGGACAGAAACCUUACAAGUGUAACGACUGUGGGAGAGCCUUCAGCCAGAGCCCUCAGCUGACUCAGCACCAGAGAAUUCACACAGGUGAGAAGCCCCAUGCAUGCACUUGGUGUGGGAAGGCCUUCAGUCGCAGCUCCAGCCUUAUUCAGCAUCAGAGGAUUCACACAGGAGAGAAGCCCCACAAAUGCAAUCAGUGUGGGAAGGCCUUCAGUCAGAGCUCUAGCCUUUUCCUCCAUCACAGGGUUCAUACCGGAGAGAAGCCCUAUGUGUGUAGUGAAUGUGGCAGAGCCUUUGGCUUCAACUCUCACCUUACUGAACAUGUGAGAAUUCACACUGGAGAGAAGCCUUAUGUUUGCAAUGAGUGUGGCAAAGCCUUCAGCCGGAGUUCUACACUUGUACAGCACCGCAGAGUGCACACAGGGGAGAAGCCCUAUCAGUGCACUGAGUGUGGGAAAGCCUUCAGCCAGAGCUCCCAGCUCACCCUACAUCAACGUGUCCACACUGGAGAGAAGCCCUAUGAAUGUGGAAGCUGUGGGAAAGCCUUCAGCCGCAGAUCAACCCUAACUCAGCAUCAGCGGGUUCACACAGGGAAGAUUCCUCUUGGAGGAAAAUGCAACCCAGCUUUUGCUCAUGACUCCAGCCAUCCAUCUACUAGAGAGAGAUGUGGCAGGGCGUUCAGCCAUGGUGAAAACCUUGUUUUGCACUGGACAGUUCACACUGGUUGGAAGACCCUGGGAUGUAAUGAAUGUGGGAAAACGUUCAGCCCUACCCAGCCCACUAUGCAUCAGAAAACCAAUGCUGGGGACAAACCUUAUAAAUGCCAAGAAUGUGCAAAGGCUGUUAGUGGGGGUUCAGCCCUUAUUCAACACCAGGUAACUCCUGGUGGAGACAAGUCCCUAUUGAAUGAUGGAUCUGAAAGAUACUUUAUUCAUAUCAAAAAGAUUUUCCAAGAAAGACGUUUUGAGUGUGAUAAAUGUGAGAAACAGUAAUAGUUCCUUUUAUGUUAGAUGAGAUGGGAGAAUGGAAGAAGGCACAAAAAUUACUAGCAAAACAAAAGUCUAUAGAUUAAAUGACUUCAAUUAAAUUUGAAAGUACACACUGAGAUAAUUCAUGCUACAAAGCAGUUAUCUGUAUAGAGGUCACUGUUGUGCUCAUGGGUGAGCUGUGUGGCACCACAUCCAGACAUCACACUGAAGGAGAGGAGGCCAAAACAGUACACCUACCUAAUCUGGGACUGCCCCCAGAAUUCUGGGACUUGGAUAGUCCAAGUCCAGGCUUGUGGAUGAGAGUACCCAGCUUCAGGCCCACUGGGCAGAUUGGAGCCUUCCCUCUACCUCCCCAUGUCCAGCUGUCUCCCCCUGCCCACAGGAGCCAACUUCUGAGAAGCUCAGCAGAGGAGCAGACCUCAAGGAUCAAUAAGGCAGUGACAACAUGUGUCUUUUUGUUGUUGUUGUUGGUCAGUCUUGGGGCCUCAACUCAGAGUCUGGGUGCUGUCCCUCAGCUCUUGCUCA